CAACCUUGUCCAGAAGCACAUAAGUCAAACACUCAAGCUGACACUGGCAGACUGGAAAACUGUUUGACAAGUGGACACACUGUGUACACAUAGAGGAACAGACAGAACCACAGACAGACAGGUAGGCAGGGGGGUGUUGGUGUCAUGGCGUCAGUGGAUAGUACUGGUUCGAGUGUCUCUGGUCGGCUGAGAUCAGGAGAUCUGCUCCAUGCUGGUCUUGCAGUUGCGCUGCUGCUUGGUGUAUGGAGUGUAGGUGGACUGGAGGUUUCGACAGGAAAAGUUUCAUCGAUCGAAGCGAUGAAUGGUUCCACAGUUUUGCUGCCCUGCACUUACUCUUCUUGUAUCGGCAUCCAAAACCUCUACUUCAACUGGAAAUUCAAUGACAAUGGAACCCUUUUGAAGCUAUGUGAAGCAGAGAUUCCUACAGAGAAGGUGGAGCCCAAGGUCCAUGUUUUCUACCCGCGUGUUGAGUUUGUUGGAUCCUCAAAGACCAACAACAUCUCCAUCUUGUUGUGGAAUAUAACUUUUGAAGAUGAGGGAGAGUACAUCUGUUUCGCUAGAAACCCAAAAGAGAAGAACCGCAACCACAGUGCCAUCUUCACCCUCAUAGUGGUCGACCAAAUGAAGGAGGUUGACAAUUCAUUGACUACCAUUAUAGUCUCAGCCGUGGGAGGAGUCAUUGGCUUAAGUAUCAUCAUUAUGGUGAUAAAGGCCUUGGUUGUUCAUUUCCUAAGGAAGGAUAGUGAAAAAAAUAAAGAGUGCCUGGUGAGCUCCUCAGGGAAUGACAACACAGAAAAUGGACUUUCAGGAGCCAAAGCUGACAACAAAGGGACACCAAAAGCUUAAGUGAAAUGCACAGUAUGCCUAUGUUUGUAUAUAUGUUAGACAAAUGGACAUGCUCUACGAAGAAGUUUGCCGGACUGUUUUAUUUUAGUAGACUCUAAAUAAUGCAACUUAAAUGUCUACUUUAAACCAUGCUUGGCAUUUGAGGUGUUAAAUGUGCAAAGGGCCUGGAUCACUCUCUUACCAA